GCCGCCACCGCCGCCGCCGCCGCCGCCGCCGCCGCUGCCGCGCCCGGAGUGCCAUUGUGCCAGUCCUGGGCAACCUGUGCUGGAUGUAAAACCUAGUGGAAGUUACGGACAAGUUUGCAAGCAAUUCCGUGCACGGUUUAAGAGUGUGGUAACGAUCCUGCCUCUCGGAAGAUGCACUAUUAUAGAUACUCUAACGCCGAGGUCAGCUGCUGGUAUAAGUACCUCCUUUUCAGCUACAACAUCGUCUUCUGGUUGGCUGGAGUUGUCUUCCUUGGAGUCGGACUGUGGGCAUGGAGCGAAAAGGGGGUGCUGUCCGACCUCACGAAAGUGACCCGGCUGCACGGAAUCGACCCUGUCGUGCUGGUCCUGAUGGUGGGCGUGGUGAUGUUCACGCUGGGGUUCGCUGGCUGCGUGGGGGCCCUGCGGGAGAACAUCUGCCUGCUCAAGUUUUUCUGUGGCACCAUCGUGCUCAUCUUCUUCCUGGAGCUGGCCGUGGCCGUGCUGGCCUUCCUCUUCCAGGACUGGGUGCGGGACCGGUUCCGGGAGUUCUUCGAGAGCAACAUCAGAUCCUACCGGGACGACAUUGACCUGCAGAACCUCAUUGACUCCCUGCAGAAAGCUAACCAGUGCUGCGGUGCCUAUGGCCCUGAAGACUGGGACCUCAACGUCUAUUUCAAUUGCAGCGGCGCCAGCUACAGCCGCGAGAAGUGUGGGGUGCCCUUCUCCUGCUGCGUGCCGGACCCUGCGCAAAAAGUUGUGAACACGCAGUGUGGAUAUGAUGUCAGGACCCAGCUGAAGAGCAAGUGGGACGAGUCCAUCUUCACAAAAGGGUGCAUCCAGGCACUGGAGGGCUGGCUUCCACGCAAUAUUUACAUCGUGGCUGGUGUCUUUAUCGCCAUCUCCCUGCUACAGAUAUUUGGCAUCUUCCUGGCGAAGACCUUGAUCUCGGACAUUGAGGCCGUGAAGGCAGGCCAUCACUUCUGAGGGACAGAGGUGAGCAAGCAGAGCUGAGCCACGCCAUGGAGGCCAGAGCCCUUCCCCAUUGUCAACUCCGUGUCUAGAGGGAGGAAGUGGAUGCACCCAGCCAGAGCCGGCGCCCUGUCUUCGGCAUCAGCGUGACACGACCUCUCUGCUUCUGUUUGCUGGUGCUGAAGACUGAGGGCCCCCCCCGUAACCCGCACAAACUUGUGACUGAGACGCUCUCCCCCCGCCACCACUUGGGGUCUACCCAGAGACGGAGAACGUGUCUUUAAGCGGGGCUGGCGACUGAGGGACAGAAGGCUCCUGUGGCUGUGAAGGGGGCCUGACUCCGUUCUCCUGGAGACCGACUAUGUCUGCGGGGCACCCUGACUGCCCCACUCAUGUUAUCGGUGCCGGCCUGGAGGGCAGCCAUCUGCUGUGAGUGGGACAUGGGUGGUGGGGGGGGGGGUGGACCAGAAGACACGGACAAGGCUUCUCCCAGCGGCAGAAGGGUGCUGCCUGUAAUUGGGGAGGGGAAGGGACACAAGUGGACUGUGCCAGCGGAGCCUGUGGUGUCUGCACGACUCGGGGAUGUUUGCAGGAUCCUCAGCCACGUUCAAGUAAGCCUGAGCCAUGUGUGGACCGGUGCCACGGAGGACCUCCUCUGCCGCCCCUUCCAGGGCAGGAACCGCCCCUCGUCUCAAUAGCAUUAUGCCCAGAUGGCACGGGGGCAUGGGCAGGGUUCUCCUCUGAGAGUCGGCUCUUCUUUUCUUAAAGCGUGUAAAUAGUUUAUUUAUAGGGAUAAGAAUGUUCUCACACCAUUUCUUCAUUUCCUCUGGCAUUCCCUCUAAGCAGCCUUACGCGGUGUCUGGGACUGAAGCCAUCCCUUUCAGUUCCUUUGAGUGUCUCAAGACCCAACCCCAUCAGCUUCUCCUUUUCAUCCCUAAUGACCCAGGUGCACACGCGCGCUCCCCCUUCCUCCGUGCACCCCCCAGCACACACGCACCCGCGCCCCUCCCCUGCUUGGCCUCACCGUCUUCUGGUCUUGGUGCUACUGAAACUGUCAUCCGGAACUUGAAUCCUGACCUCCCCCCCUCCCCGCUGCGAGGCCAAGGAGCCCCAGCCUGAGAGAGCCGGCCCGGAACCUUUGACCAGGGCAGCUUUCGAGGCCACGUGGUCAGGGCCGCUGGCCGGCCUGGCAUUUGCCUCCCCCUGGAGUGAAUCUAGCCCGGCUCCUGCGUGGAGCCGCAGACCCCAGCCUGCAGCUGUGUAGAAGCUCGGGAAUUUUUUUUUUUUUUUUUCCCUCCCCUAACUUUUGUGAUGACCUCCCCCCACUGUCCCCAAGCAGGAUAUCUGUGGUGACCGUGUCUACCCUUCCUGGCAGGGCUAUCCUGGGGCUUGCUCUUGGAAAUGAAGUCUGUCUGAUGUACUGAAUGGUUCCCCCCCCCCCCCCCCCCCCCCCCCCCCAGGGACAGCUGGGGCAUUUGUGCGUCUCUGGGCUACUUUCUAACGCUUCUCUGGAUUUCGUGCCCGUUCUGUCCUCAUCGUUCAGGGAUCGAGUGCUACCUUCACUUACUUGCAGAAGUGUACAUGCUAGUGUGGUGUAUCCUGGUGGGUGUUUGUUGAUGAUGUUAUGAUACAGUUUUUUUUUGUUGUUGUUGUUUUUUUUUUUUACAGUUUUCUCUGUAGACUAGAGGAAGAAGGAUGCUUGUGUUUUCAGGAAGUGUAAUGCUUUUCUUUGACCGCCAAACUCUUUUAUGGAAUAUAUCUUUGUAUUAA